UCAAGCCCUCCUACUACGACAUGCACAAGAUACAGAACGACCUGACGGACCCGCAGCUGGCGGCGCUGAACAGGAUCCAGCUGCCGCCGCUGGACAAGCCGCGCCGUGAGGGCGGCGCCACCGCUCUCUCCUCCCCGGAAACGCCAGAUUACCACUGGGACUGUUCGGACUGGGUUCGCACCAGUCAGAAUCCCCUGCCGAACAUCACCGAGGUCACCGGGUCAGAGGUCAAGGACACGUCCAGUUACCAUAGCAACGAGAGCAACGAGAGCAACACUGCUGUUCGCGCCCCUGCCAGCGUGGCCAUGGCGGACGACGACGACGUGCUGGAGACGCUGAACGAGGACCAGACGUCCGACUACGUGGGCGAGGGCGACGGCGACGACAUCACCUCGGACCUGGACACGCUGCCCGAGCCGACCGACUUCGACCGCAUUCUGUCGGCUCACGGCAUCGAGCUGGGCGGCUCGGCGUCCGAGCUGUCGUCGGUGGCCGGCGGCGACCUGGCCUACGGCCUGGCGGCGCACCCCAACCUGUACCUGCCGGCGCACAGCGGCGCCGACACGGACGGCGAGGCGGACGGUCUGCUGCACCGGCUGGACAGGUACCGGUACCCGGCGCGCAACCGUCUGCCGCUGCAGCUGGGCACGUACGCCGAGCUGGAGUCGCUGACGGCCGGCAGUCAGAGCGAGGACGGCGGCCAGCUGUGUGACAUCGAGUCGGACGACGCCAGCUCGCGCAUCUGACGGCGCCCGGCCGGCCGGAGCUGGGCCGCGAUCUCAGAGGCCGGGCCGGCCGACGGCCGACGGCGCGCGGUGGGACGGGCGGCGCCGGACCCGCCGGCCGGCCGGGCCAGCUCGGAGGAGACACUCGCGCUCAGGUCGGCCGGGCUGAGGCUGGCCCGCCGGCCCAGCGGCCGGCACAUUCCGACGGCGGCCCUCCUGACGGCGGCCACCUGAGUGCUGGGAGUCCCCGGGCAGCGUAACUCCUCGAGAGACAGUCCUUUGAGGACCGUCCUCGGAGUUGCACCGCGAUGCGUCGGGCGCCGUGAGAUGGGCUUCCGACUGUGUGGUGCUCCGAUCCUCAGCCGUGAUCGACACACCCCGUCGUUCGCGGCUGUGGCUGGACGGAGCCGCGGCUGACGGGUCCU